UUUUUUUUUUUUUCUUGGGCGUUUGUUUAUAUAAAAUAUAAAUAAUAUUCUUUUUCUUUUUUACAUAAAAAAAAAGAUAAGAAGUAAUUUAUAUUAUUUAUUCCUUCAUUUUAUCUCUGUCUCUCUCUUUCUUUUUUGUUUGAGUGAUUUACAUUCAUUUUCCCAUUUGAAAAAAAAGGAAAAGAAUUCAACAUUCAACAAGAAAUAUAACCCAUUCCUUUCCUUUCUUCUUUUAUAACAUUAUUAUUUUUUUAUAAUGAGUUUAAAUACUGUAAUUGCUUUUGCACUCUUAUUAAAAAAGAUGACUCAAAAAGACUCAAUGAAAAGAAAAACGACUCAGCAAAGAUUACGAAAAACAACAAAUAAUAAAAAGGAUACUAUUCCACUUAGUUCAGAAGACGAUGAUAAAAGAACUUCAUUGAUUGUCUCGACUUCUUCAAUGAAGAAUACUUUAUUAAAAGCCUCAGUUAUAGUAGACGAAGAAGAUGUUGUGAUAAUGGAUACAGAAGAGAAGGAAGAUUUUAUUGAUGAACUAAAGCUUGAACAGAUAACAAUAAAAGCAAAAGAGAACAACAAUAUUAUUAUACGUGACUUCGCUUAUCCAAUCGAUUCUCCCUUGCAUUUCGGUCGAAAUAGUGUGUUAAAAAAUAAUCAAUCUACUAUUUCUUUGUCUUCCCCAGAUUUUACAGGAAGAGAUGCACGAGCCCUUUUCGAUUUUAAACCAGAAACCGAAUAUGAAGUUGAGUUAAAAGCAGGUCAAUCGAUUUGGGUUCAAUAUCGUCAAUGCCCGGGCUGGUUAAUUGCUGAUGUUCAAGACGAAACUGGUUUAAUUCCUGAAUCUUAUGUAGAAUUUAUUUAACAAAAAAAAAAAAACUUUUUUUUUC